AUGGCAUCCGGCCAAGCAGUUGCUACUGUUUACGUGCGCAAUCUGGAGGAGCGCGUCAAGCCAGAGCCGCUCAGAGCAGCGCUCGAGGCCGUCUUCUCCGAGUAUGGCAACAUCAUCGACAUCGUCGCCAAGACGAACUUGAAGGCCAAGGGCCAAGCCUUUGUCGUCUUUGAGAGCCCCGAGUCGGCCGUCAAGGCGAUUGAGGAAGUCCAGGGCUUCGAGCUGUUCGACAAGCCCAUGCAUGUCGCCCUCGCCCGGACGAGGAGCGACGCCACCGUGAAGACUACAGGCAACGAUGAUGAGUUCGAGCAUCACAAGCGACGAAGGCUGGCGGAGAAGGACAAGAAGAAGGCUGCCGAAGCAGCGGAAGAGCAGAAGAGACUCAAGCGACCCGGUGCCGCACAACCGCCCGACAUGGCCAACCGACCUGCCAAAGCUGCCCGCCCUGGCGGUCUCAAGGCCACCGGGCCUGCUGCCAAUGCCGUGGUGCCAGACGAGUACCUGCCCCCGAACAAGAUCCUCUUCGUCCAGAACCUGCCCGACGACUACGAUGUGGAGGCCCUCACUGGUAUCUUUGGGCGGUACGAAGGCUUCCGCGAGGUGCGCUUGGUGCCUGGCAGACGCGGUAUUGCAUUCGUGGAGUACGAGGCCGAGGCGGGCGCCAUCACUGCGAAGGAGAAUACGGCAGGCAUGGCUUUGGCGGAUGGAGCCAAGUUCAUGAAGGUGACCUACCAGAGACAGUAG